AUGGGCUACAAGGACAACUAUAAGCCUCUCGGGGCUAUCACCACUGUUGACGAAGGCGAUGGCCGCUACAUUGCCCGUAUCAACGAGGAGUUCGAGGUUGGCGACGGCGACCGCAUACGCCUAAAUGUCUUUCUCCCUCGCUCAGGGGGACCAAGAUUCCCUGUUCUCAUGACCGCAACUCCCUACGGAAAAGAUGUGCCUUAUAUUCACAAUGAAGUGUAUAAGCAAUCUGCAAGAGAUAUUCCCGAGAUUAUGAAGAGCAAGCAUUUGUGCUGGGAGGCGCCUGCGCCGAGUUGGUGGUGCCCUCACGGCUACGCAGUUGUUAUUAUGGACCAUCGAGGUUCAGGGGCCUCCAGUGGCAAGUCCCGGCGGUUCAGCACCCAAGAUUGGGAUGAUUACGCCAUGGCCAUCGAGUGGGCUGCAGACCAGCCAUGGUCAACUGGCAAAGUCGGCUUAACAGGAAUAUCCUACUUGGGCCUUAAUCAGUGGCCAACAGCAGCACGCCAACCACGAGGACUCACAUGCAUGGUGCCUUGGGAGGGCAUGGGUGACUAUUAUCGCGAGGGAAGCCGCCAUGGUGGCAUGCAUCAUGGUUUUAUCGAUGGCUGGUAUCACAGGCAGAUUAAGCGAAACCACUAUGGCAGCCAGAACCGGUCGGAUGGUUGCUGGGGCCCAACGUCGCCCGAGGGCGAGCUCUGCGACUCCGAGCUGGAUGAAUUGCACCAAGACCUUCCCAAACUCUUGCUUGAAAAUGAAUGGAUCGAUGAUGAAUGGUACAAAGACCGUAUGUUUGGCGAAGACUACUCUAGAAUUCAGAUUCCACUGCUCAGUGCAGGCAAUUGGGGUGGAACUGGUCUGCAUCUACGAGGCAAUGUCUUGGGCUAUAUGCGGGCGAGUUCUCAGUAUAAAUUCCUGCGUAUACACACUGGGCGCCACGACUUGCCUUACUACCUUGAACCAUAUAUUACGUAUCAAAAGUCAUUCUACGACUGCUUCCUCAAGGGCGACGACUACGACGGCUGGAAGACUGGUAAACAGGCUCCCGUCGCGUUUGCGGUUCGCCGCGGGACUCAAACACCAGGGAGUAUACAAGGUGAAUUGGAAUACAAGUACCGUGAUGAGAAGGAGUGGCCGCUCGCCCGCACCAAGUAUGAAAAAUAUCAUCUUACUGCUGACAACAUGCUAUCAAGGGAGAAGCCCUCCGUUGCCGCUACCUUCUCUUACCAGGCGCCAGCUGGAGAAGGCAUUCGGUUCAGCACGCCAGUGGCUGAAGAGGAGUACGAAGUAACAGGUCAUGGACAUGUCCGUCUUGCUGCCUCCUUAACCGACAAUGAGGGCGAAGCCGAUCCAGAUCUCGACGUUCACGUUGCUCUUCGAAAAAUUAACGCACAAGGGAACGAGUCCUUGUACAGCUCGAGCAUGGGAACUCCUACACCUGUAGUGUUUGGCUGGCUCCGCGCCUCCCAUCGCACCAUCGACCCGAAUCCAUACCCUGAUAGCUUCCACCUUCCAGUACCGGUACCAAGUCACAAAAAGUCCGACAAGAAAGAGGUGAUAAAUGGUCAAGUAUACGAUCUGCAGAUUGAGCUUUGGCCCACAAACGUGGUUGUAGAAAAAGGCGAACGUUUGGUGCUUGAGAUCUCGCCCAAGGACCCCGCAGGCGCGGAUCCCUUUGCUUGCCACGACCCAAUUGACAGGGACGAGAGAAAGCUGCGCGGAACGAAUAAUGUCCAUAUCGGCGAGGGCUACGAAAGCUAUGUCGUCUUGCCAAUUGUUUAG